AUGGCACGUUUAACAGCAGCAGAAAAACAAAAGCGAUAUCGAGAUAGGCUUAAAAAUAACCCUGAAAAAUAUGAAGAAAACAAAAGAAAACAUAGAGAGCACUACCACAAAGUGAAAAGAUUAGCAAAAGAUUUGUCACCGAAGGAAAGAAAACAAGCUAAUUUGAUUUGGAAACUAAGGCAAAGGGAAUAUAGGAAAAGAAGAAAGAAUCUACAAAGUAUUAUAGAUGUGACACCGCCAAGUUCUCCAUUACCUAGAGUACAAGAUAUUCAAGCAGUCCACCAACCACCACCGGCAUCACCGGUUUCAAAUGCGUCUAGAGAGCGAGAACGAAAAAAAGUGAAGAAACAUAAAUCUAAAGUAUAUAGAGCAAACAAAAAAUUGGAAGAGGAAAAUAAAAAUUUGAAGAGAUUUUGUGAAAAAUAUAAGAAAAAACUAAUGCGAAAUAAACAAAAAGAAGUAAAAAUAACAAGAAACCAGAAGACAAGCAAAGCUAUAAUCUUUUGA